UAUUUAUGUACAUGUUUUGCUUGGUACGUUUAUUAUAUAUAUAUGACCUUAAAUUUUUUAUUUCAAUGUGCAAGGAAUCAACUCAAAGUAUGGCACAUCCUAACCCACCUCUGCCUACCAGGACCACAGCAAUUCAGUUCCCCCUUUUAUAACGAAGCUCUUCCUCCAAGUGAGCACGUUCUGCCCAAAAUACAAAUAUGUAUAUUUUAAAUCGACGUCUGGCGCAGCAAGUCACUUGCUCUUUUCUUGCUCCCCCAUCUGCAGACCUCACUGAACUGAUGAUGUUUAAUGCAGGAAGUUGUUACACGGUCAUUAUUCUUGCGUUUGUUAUCGUUCUGUAUUUAGCCGUAUAUUUUUAUUCCGUAGGUUUUAUUCCUGGCCAUAUCUCCAGGGUCAGGGCCCACCCUCUCCCAGGCACUUUGCAUGGUGCCUGCAAGGCCCCAUCUGUCAGCUGAAUUCCUUCAAAUGAAUUUGGCCUUGAAAGAAGUUUUCUCUUGUAGUCAAUAGCACAGGCUGCAGUGUGCACUUUAUGGUAGUGAUUGUGUGUGUGUCAACAAACAUUACACCAUUCUGCAAAUGUGCCUAUGGUCCUGAAAGGAUUGACAGUCCCUAUCCUCUACCAUAUAUUGUUUAUCUGUUUGCUAUAUCCAUUUGGGCACCUCUCAAGAUAAUGUAACCAAAUUUUGCAUGAUGGGUCCUGAGAUCAAAUCAGGAGCAGGUUUUUUGUCUAAGUUUGGACAUAAUUGCAUGCCAUCCUUAAUCAGGAUUGUGGACUGAAUCUUUGAAAACUGCAUCAAAUUUAACCACGGAUUUCGAAAGUGUGCCGAUUUUGACCGCUGAUUUAGAAAGCACGCUGAUUUUGUUUCUCAUCAUUUCUGAGCAAUGCUGGCUACAAGACUGCCAGUAGCGGUAUUUUAUACAUAGGGAGAGGGCACCCCUGGCCCACCCUGAGCCCCAACCCUGACCCCAGGAUUCCCGGAUAAAGGGGGAAGUGAAGGUCAGGGCAGUGGGUUAGAAUAAGAGGUGCUGGGGCCUUUAACUGCCCUGGUUUCCCUUCCCGAUUGGUACCGAGGUCGGCGAAUUUCUCCAGCGACUGUUGCAGGCGCCUUCGCAGAGAUACCCGGAGCUGAUACAGAGAGAGUUGCCACAGGAAGACGCCUGAGGAAGGAAACAGAGCUUAAGAUUAUUUGGCUGGCGAGCUGCAUUUCAGGAUUUGGAGAAGUGCGAAUGUGGGGAGACAGCUGUGUUUUCGUAGGCGUAAAAUAGAACGGGAACAUAUGGAGCGUGAGGCUGGGACUCUCUUUCUCCACCUUGAACAGAUUAUCAAGAGGAGUGGGAAAGAUCAUGGCAGCCUUAUGAGGGAGGCAGAGGAGGAAAAGAAGAAUUUUGUCAAGCGAUUGGAAGAGGCAUCUAAGGCCUUUGUGAAGGAAGUCUGCAGCCUUUCCUGUGCCAAGUCCCGGUUCCGACCCUACGAAGUGGCACAGUGUUCAAACUGCCAGCUUAUCAAAGUUUCCUGCCUUGACCCCUUUGUAUGUGCAGGGCCCAAUGUUAUUGCAGCAGUGCUGGUGCCACUUCUGCUCUUGCUUGGUAUAGGAGCAGCAUGGUGGUAUCGCCGUCGCAAACAGAAGGAGCACGGAAAAGACAAGUCUUCAGGAGAUGAGGACGGCUCAGAGAGUUCUGAGUGGAGCUCCGAUAGUUCAGAGAAGGCGGAUGCCAAUCCAAUAUAUGCAGAAGUUCCAAGCACCCCCAUAUAUGCUAAUGUCCCAGCACAUACUGAUGAACCAACAUAUGCUAAUGUUCCAAACCCUCCAGAAUUCACCAUCCCAAGCCCUCCACCCUUUGAUUAAAUAGUUUUCAAUGGUGAUUUUCCAUCAGGUCUGUGCUUGCAACAUCACUCCCUCUUAGGGCAUGAAGUGACGACUGCAGCACCAAAGACAGCCACGCAUGUGCAAAUGAGGGAUAACCAGAACCACCAGUCAAGACAGAUCUUCCAAUGUCCACCCCAGAUUUCAAUGGGGACAGCUCACACAUUCAGUCAUCCAGCUUGUUGUUGUUGUUUAGUCGUUUAGUCGUGUCCGACUC